AUGAUCCUCCAGCACCGCGUCAAGGUCGUCCUCAACGACUCGCGCGCCCUCGUCGGCCAGCUCCUCGCGUUCGACAAGCACAUGAACCUCGUCCUCGCAGAGUGCGACGAGUUCCGCCGCGUCAAGCGCAAGCACUCGGCCGCCCAGGGCAACAAGGAGGACGGCGCAGACGACGACGACGACGAGAUGAAGCGCACCCUCGGGCUCGUCAUCCUCCGCGGCGAGACCAUCGUCACCCUCAGCGUCGAGGGUCCGCCUCCCGCAGUCGACGACAAGGGCCUCGCAGGCCUCGCUCCGGGACCUGGCUUCGGUGCGCCUGCCGGUCGCGGCAUGGGUCUCGCCGCCCCGCCAACCAUGCGGCAAGCGCCCCAGUCGUUUGCGCCCCCGCCUGGCAUGCCCGGCAUGGCGCCGCCCCCGGGCUUUGCCCCGCCGCCCGGCUUCGCGCCGCCGCCCGGCUUUGCUCCUCCCCCUGGGUGCGUCCCCUCGGCUCCCACGUCGCCGCCGCUCGUGCCCGCUCGGAACGAGCGAGUGGCGUGUCGUUGUGACGAGGCCGAGGACGCUGACUUGCCCUCGUCGCCCUGCAGCUUUGCGCCCCGGUAG